GCUUAUAAAUACGGACGAGUGUGUACUGAAUAAUAUCAUCACUACUACUACUAUUACGUAAAAGCUUUGUUUGUCAAAUUAUCUCUAUAUAGAUUCAUACACAUACAAUCGUAAGAAUAUACAUAUAUAUAUAUAUAAAUAAUGGCGAGCUCACAGAAGACUAGGCAAGAACUCGAUGCCAAGGCAAGGCAAGGUGAAACUGUCAUCCCUGGUGGAACUGGUGGCAAGAGCCUUGAGGCUCAGGAGCACCUUGCUGAAGGACGGAGCCGAGGAGGCCAGACGAGGAGCGAACAGCUGGGCCACGAGGGGUACCAGGAGAUGGGCCGCAAAGGUGGGCUGAGCACCACUGACAAGUCUGGUGGAGAAAGAGCUGAAGAGGAAGGAAUCGAAAUCGACGAGUCCAAGUUCAGAACCAAAAGUGACAAAUAAUCAUCGACUAUAGUCUACUAAAAAUCAUCACCCCAGUGAUUAAUGGAAGCCUUUUCCAUGUUUGUGGUGUACUAGUUUAACUAGGCACCUAGCUUUACAUUAGGAGUCUCGGUAGCAUGUAGGCGUAUGGAGCACGUACGUACAUAUAAUGUAAUAGUAUUAGUAUUAGUAAUAAUGAUGGGUCUGUGUAGGUGUGCGUAGUGCGUACGUACGUACGUACGCGUAAUAGUUAUAAUGUCUUACACUUAUUUUGUAUGUACUUUUGUUUGUUUUGUUUAUAUUUGGGUUGUUCUUGUACUUGGUAGUCUGAAUCUACUAAUAUAGUUCCUUUUUUUAGUCUGUAUAAUUUAUCGUAAUGAACGUCCUUUUUGUUGUAA